AUGUUGUUCGAUGAUUUAGCACACAGGGGCGCAACGCGAGCGAGCGUCGCGACGUCGGCGGCACAGAGCAGCGUGUGCGCGCGCGCUUGCGGUGGGGCCGACCGGUCGCAACCGGGCCGCGCUCUCACCACGCCGCGCUCCGGCCGCCCUGCCACCGACUUGGCUAUAAUCGCACUUGACACCGUGCCGCAUUCGAGGUACAAGAAAGUUUCACAUUUCUAUCCCACAAUGUGA